AUGAAGGCUCUUCAGACCAUUUGCAAGCAGCUCAGAAGUUCAAAGGGGUUCUCUGUAGAACCAGCCUCCUGUGUGGGGUUUUUCUCUACUUCUUUUUCAUAUAGACGGAAGAAAAAAGUAAACUCUUAUGAAGAAGUGGACCAAGAAAAAUACUCUGAUUUAGUACGGUCUGUCCUGUCCUUCAGAAGCCAGGCACAGACCCCAGAAUCACUGUUUGAAGAGGAUGUUUUUCUCUAUGGGCCUGUGAGUAAGUGUAAAUCCCCAAAGCAAGAUGACACAACAAAGACUCCAUCAAACUGGUUUCCUCUCUUCUACCCAGAGAAAAGAGUAAAAUCAAAUACAGCAAGUGAUCCUUCAAUUCCUCUGAAAAUCCCUUUGCAAAGAAAUAGGAUCCCAAGUGUGACCCGAAUCCUACAACAGACCAUGACACCUGAGCAGGUCUUCUAUUUGGAGAGGUGGAAACAGCGGAUGAUUCUAGAACUGGGAGAAGAUGGCUUUGCAGAAUAUACUUCAAACACAUUUUUACAAGGGAAGCAGUUCCAUGUAGCCCUGGAAAGCAUUCUUUCAUCCCAGGAGAGUUCAAAACAGAAAGAUGGAAAUCUGGAAUCUGGCUAUAUUGAAAGCGUCCAGCAUGUUCUGAAAGAUGUUACUGAAGUGCAAGUUCUUGAAAGUGCUGUUCAACAUGAAGCCCUAAAUUAUGUUGGUCUGCUGGACUGUGUAGCCAAGUAUCAGGGCAAACUGUGUGUGAUUGAUUGGAAGACAUCAGAGAAACCAAAACCUUUUAUCCGAAAUACUUUUGACAACCCAUUACAAGUUGUGGCAUACAUUGGUGCCAUAAAUCAUGAUGCCAACUAUAGCUUUCAGGUUCAUUGUGGCUUAAUUGUGGUUGCCUACAAAGAUGGGUCUCCUGCCCAUCCACACUUCAUGGACACAGAACUCUGUUCCCAGUACUGGUCCAAGUGGCUUCUUCGACUGAAAGAAUACACCGAGAAGGAAAAGAACCCAAAUAUUCAGAAACCACAUUAG